GAUUAAAAUACUUCCCGUUACCUAUCGAUGUAUGGAUACUUUUAUGGUUGCCAUCCCCAGUGCAAUAGUACAACUUACAAUUUACAAUCUUUUAGUACAAUCUGCGAUAUCUGGGCAUCCACAUUCGCCAAAAAAUGUGCGGCUAAAACCCCCCGCAAACCGCAAAGCGGCGGCGAAACAGUCGGACAAAAGCGACAUAAAGAAACGAAGCGAGAAGAAGACGGGCGAAUUAAACAAGUUUCGUUUGCGUGGAACGAAGAAUUGCGUGGAAAGAAAGCCAGAGUAGAAGAGGAAGAAGCAGAGCAGCAAAUGCAAUAAUGUUUAAUGUCUAAACAAAUUCGCCAAGGAGUUGCGUUCUUUUUUUCGAAUCGUCAUCCGUGAGUGCGUGUAUGUGUGCGUGUGCGUGUGUGUGUGUGCAUGUUGUGAAGUGGAAAGAGUGGAAAUAAAAUGAGAGUGUGCAAAUGAAGUUGGCCAAGCCCAAAACAGCGAGAAUUAAUUAAAGCGACUAAGAAAAGUGUCCGUCGCCCAAGGAUUAUUCACGCCCAGGGGUCACACAACCCACCCACCCCGCCAGCCAACCAAACAAAAACACAGAGAAUAGAGUGAAAACCGAUCGGCAGCAGGACGCCGAAGGACCCAAAAUGAGCGAGGAACUGAAAGUGGUGCUGCGGCGCAGCGAGCAGCAUUCCGGUUUCGGGUUUUCGCUACUCGGAACCACCGGACCGCCACAUGUCAUCUACGACAUCGUCGAGAAUUCGCCGGCAGCCGAUUGCGGAGCGGUUGAGGCCGGGGAUGUCAUCCUCAAAGUCAACGGAACGGAUGUCCAUCGCUACACAACGAAGGAAGUUCUCAAAUGCCUGCGCCUGUCGGAACAGCUGGUGACCUUGGAGCUGAAGCGAGAUCCCAAGCUCAAGGCGCGGAUCAAAGAGCAGCUGGCCAACACCCAGAGUCCGCACUAUGUGGACAUUGAGUCGCCGAACAUCUACGACUACCACAGCAGCAGCACCAACUCCUCGCCGAAUCACCGGCCAAACGCUGGUGGUAAGGGGGCGGCGACCACGCCCUCGCAGAGCGGACUGCGCUACAAGUCGCCCACGCACUUGCCCUCGCUGCGCCAGAAUUCGUCGCCACUGCUGGCGAGUGGAUCCACCACGACCACAACCACCGCCACGCAUACGCACAGCCACAGUCGAAACUCCUCGGCCAGCUCCACCAAGAUCAAGGUGGUGGAGACGAGCAUCACCACCUCGACCACGAACGUAGUGGGUCUCAUAUCGCCCACUGGUAGUGUUGGUGGUGUUGGUGGCGAGGCCACCUCGCCCACCUUCCGCCCCUCACGCAUUCCACAGGCGCUCACCAAAUGUGCCGUACCCAAGCCCGUGCCCGUACUCCAUUCGCCGCAGAAUAAGCGUCCACGCCCUUCGCAGAUUCCGACAAAGGCGGCGAACGGAAACGGGAACGGGAACGGACACACCGCCCAUCUGCCGCCGCAAUCGCUGCAGCACUCCAACAGCUACAGCGGCAGUCCGGUGACCAGGCAGCGGUUUGCGGAUAGGGAGCCGGAGCGGGAACCGGAACCGAACUCGGCGCCACCGCAGCCGGCGAAGGCGCCACGCUUUGAGGCUUACAUGAUGACCGGCGACCUUAUUCUCAAUCUGUCCCGGACACCGCAGACCAGCAAUCCGCUUCCCGCCCAGGCCAAAAAGGUGGACAGCCUUAGGGAUUCACCCAGUCGUCUGGUAAAUCCGCGUAUCAACGGCGCACUAGCACCGCGUGCCUCUGGUGAAUCCUCGCCCACGUCCUCCUCCUCGGUGGACUCGCCCACAAACACCAGCUCUGAUUCCGUGAAGCGCGAGGCGAAGCUGCUGCAGAAGCAACAGCAGCAGCAGCAUACUUACCAACAGCAACAGCAGCGGGACAGCAUCAACAACAGCUACAACCGCAAGGAUUCGCUGACCAACGAUACGCUGCUAAUGUGCGAGGAGUUGGAGCCGGACGAGGAGGCCGAGUAUGUCCUGGAAGAGGACAACAAACAGCAGCGGCAGCGCCAACAGCAACAACGAUACCGCCAACAGCAGAAUCAGCAACGCUACGAAUACUACCAAAACGAGGACGAGCUGGAGGAGCAGGAGGAGGUUGAGGAGGAGCGCGAGGAGGAUCAAACUCACUACGACAUCACCAAUAUCGAAACCUAUCAGAGCGGUGUGGGCCGGGGCGACGACGAUGACAGUGAUCGGCAGUGCCUGGUGGACGACGACGAUGAUGAUGAUGCCUACGACGAUGAGGAGAACGAUGCGGGCGACGAGGAUUAUUCCACCAACUCGCUGGGCUCCGGUUCAGCCAAGCAACGAUUGCGGGCGUUGAAACAGCGCACUGCCACCCGCCAGCAGCAACGAAAUCGGGAUGCCGUCGACUGUGCGGGCCGCUCCGGAUCGGGAUCUUCAUCUACCACGGUCAAGAGCGAGGCUGGCGGCCUGGGCCUAGAUGAAACCUCCUUCUCAGUGCCAACCUCUCCGAUCUCGCUGUCGACGCCGCUGAUCGACAAGGAGACAGCCAACUCGGUGCCCACGAGCCCGGAGCCCAGUUCGCUUGUUCCGGAAUCGAGCAGCGGCGCUGGCGCCGGAGCCGUGGUGGUGCGCCGGCACAAUGGACAUGUGGUGCGGAAGUGUGAUGCCGCCGGUUUCCGCACCAGCAAGUCCGAGGACCAUCUGCAGCAGAUCCAGCGCGAGGGCAUCGCCGCCGUGAUACCCAUCGACAUUGAUGAGGAUGUGAAUAGCUCGCUGAACACGCUGCUGGACACGCGUCAGGACUCCGAGGACUCGCAGUCGAUGGCCACUGUAAUUGUAAACAACUCGUCACUGGCCUCGAACAACAACGAGGGCGAGCAGACCGACAACCGCAGCAGCAGCAGCAGCUCCAGCGACAACAAUAACUGCAGCAGCAACACCAGCGAACCAGCAGCAACUGCAACUGCAACGGCAACUGCAACAAUCAUGACUGCAACAUCAACGAGAACGAUGAACUGCAGCAGCAAAUUAAACUAUAUUUUAUGCAAAAAGGCAUCGGAUCGCGAUCGGAUCGUGUGGACUUAUAAUGCGCCACUCCAGCCGCACCAGUUGGCGGCUCUCCAGCGACAGCAGCAACAGCAAGAGCAGCAAUUCCAGCAGCAGCAACAGCAGCUCCACCAGCAACAUCUGCAGCAACAGCAGCAGCUCCAGCAGCAGCAUCAGCAGCAACAACAGCAGCAGCAACUCUACGGUCAGCAAUCGCAUUCAAAUUCACAUUCAAGUUCCAUUAGUUCGUCGCCCCAGCACUCGGCUGUGGGCAGUCCGGCCUCGCCCACGUCGGUUUCCUCGUCGGUGAUGUCCUCGUCGGGCUCCAAGGGCGCCCUGGGCCUGGGCAGCAGCAGCAAUGGUCCCAUGGCCGCCGUGCAGCAACAACAGCAGCAGCGGGAGCAGGGCGGCCAGGUCGCGCAUCCGCCCAGCGGGAUUCCUGGUUUGCUUAGCUGCCCAGGUGGUGGGCCCGGAAACAAUGGUGGUGGUGGAGGCAUUGGUGGUGGUGGCAACAACGAUCAGAGCGUCUCAGAGGCCAUUUCGAAUAUAUCUAGUCCCGACUACCAAGACGACGAUAAUUUAUUGAGUUCUCGCGAUAUUCUAGGCGGCAUGGUACUUAGCGAUCCCAGUGAUUCGGACUCCACCAUUCUCGUAUCGGACGCGGCCGCCCAGCAGCGCCAGCAGCUUAAGCAGCAGUUGCGCGCCCAGCAGCAACAGCAGAGGGAAAGGGAACGGGAUAGGGAUCGAGACAGGGAACAGUCCGAGCACAAGGUGGUCAUCCAAGUGCGCGGCCUAGACAGCAACAGCAGCGGCAGCGGCAACUGUACUAACGGUCGCUCCGAGGAGGAUGUGGUCACACUGACGGACGAGCCGCUGGGCACGAUGACUGUCGGUAUGCGGGACGCCUCGCCGCCCGUCUCCGACGAUGGCAGCGAUGUGGAGUCGCUCCACUCGUAUCACUACUCGCCCAAGGCCGUGGACAUGCCCUCGGCCAUACGCCUGGCCAAAAGACUGCACUCCCUCGACGGUUUCAAAAAGAGCGAUGUGUCGCGACACCUCAGCAAGAACAAUGACUUUAGUCGUGCGGUGGCCGAUGAGUAUCUCAAGCAUUUUACCUUUGAGAAGAAAUCACUUGACCAAGCGCUGCGUGAGUUCUUGCAGCAGUUCUCGCUGUCCGGCGAAACGCAGGAACGGGAACGGGUGCUGGUGCACUUUUCCAAGCGCUUCCUCGACUGCAAUCCUGGCACCUUUAACUCACAGGACGCCGUGCACACGCUGACCUGUGCCAUAAUGUUGCUGAAUACGGACUUGCACGGCCAGAACAUGAAUCGCAAGAUGAGCUGUGCGGAAUUCGUCGACAACCUGGCAGAUCUCAACGAUGGCGAGAACUUUCCCAAGGAUGUGCUCAAGUCGCUUUACCAGGCCAUUAAGACCAAGCCGCUUGAGUGGGCACUAGAUGAAGAGGCAGGUGAUCUGCAGCAGCAAAGAGCCAACAAUAGUGCCCUGGGCAAUGUGGGCCACAAUCCCUUCCUUGAUCCCCCGGAACUGGCCACAGCUGUGGAAUACAAAAAAGGCUAUGUGAUGCGUAAAUGCUGCUAUGAUAGCAGCUUUAAGAAAACUCCCUUUGGCAAACGAUCCUGGAAGAUGUUCUACUGCACGCUGCGUGAUCUUGUGCUGUAUUUGCAUAAGGAUGAGCACGGUUUUCGUAAAAGUCAAAUGUCCGACAAUCUGCACAAUGCAAUACGCAUACAUCACGCACUGGCCACCAAGGCCAACGACUACACCAAGAAGCAACAUGUGUUCCGGCUGCAGACGGCCGACCAGGCCGAGUAUCUGUUCCAGACUAGCGACUCCAAGGAGCUGCAGUCGUGGGUGGAGACUAUCAACUACGUGUGCGCCGCUAUAUCAGCGCCUCCGCUCGAGGGCGGGGUGGGCAGUCAGAAGCGAUUCCAGCGCCCGCUCCUGCCCAGCAAGCAAUCCAAGCUGUUGCUGAAGGAGCAGUUGGAUUCGCACGAGGUGCAGUUGGCGCAAUUGGAUCAGGAGCUUAACGAGCACAAGAAGGGUCCUAUUCCCAGCAAGGGCUUAGCUCUGCAGAACUACAAGGAAAAGGAGAGCUACUUGCAGUAUGAACUUCGUCGCUACCGCACCUAUGUGAGCAUCCUGAGCGCCAAGAUGCUGGCUGACCAGCAGCAGCUGGAGCUGCAGGCGCAGCAGCCGACUCCAGCGGCGCUCGAGGAAGAGGCCGACACAUUCCCAGUGGGCACCACCACCGCCUGCCCGCCACCCACGCCGCAAAGUAUUAACCAGAAGGAUCAGCAGAAGGAGCAGCAGCAACAGCCAACGAACAGAAAAGAGAAGAAAAAGAAAUAAUUACGUUUUAUUUCGCUCUUGAUUUCGAUCAUUUCAAAACUCGCAUACCAACACACACACCUACAUCACAAUCCCCGCCUCCUGGCUAUCGAGAAGCAGGCGAUUGAACGAAUUUGAAUAGAAUACUCCAAAAUGCCACGCUGCCUCCGACGGGAACACGAAACAGAUCAGAUCCACAGAACCACUGAACCACUGAACCACUCACCCACUCGCAUACUCAGCACCACUCACGCCACCACCCAACACCCACUUACACUCAAGCGUUGCGGCUGUGCCGUGUCUGCCACUGAAGAAAUUCGGAAUUCGUGCACAUUCAAUUACUUGAACCCCAUCGGGGUUCUUUCUCGAGGAAGAGAUCAUUUGAGACAAUUAGACUACCAACGCGAUAAUUAACGAGGGAGAAUUUUACGUUUGAAGGUCGUUCAUCAGAAGACAUCGGCAUAAUCUCGGCAAUCAAAGGUUAAUCAAGAAUUCAAGCACUUGAUUUCAUAUGUAUAAUGCUUCUUAUCCCCCCAAAUGUGGGUACUCGAGAUCGGUUUCACCUGAUUUAAAGCUACACAGCCUCGAUUCGAAUCGAUUCGAAUUUGAAUUAUCGUUCAUAUUUGCUUCGCCAAAGAUUCUGCUGGACGGCUGUUUAGGAACGAGAAUGAAAACUGCUUAUACACAUAGACUUAUUAUUACAAGAGUUGAUAAACAAUACUUACAUCAUUACCUAUGCUAUCAUUAUAAAUGAUAAAAAUAAAUUAUAAAUUAAUGAACAAUAUCUCUACACAACCAGAAGAUGGUGAACAUCGGCAGUAACAAUAACGAAAUGAGAAAGAGGACGAGCGCAUUAGCAUUAAACCUAAGCAAUUACUACCAUACCAUGUACGACUUGUUUUUGGUCUUUUGCGAUACAUUAUCACAUUAUCUGUGUAGGUACACUUACUCCAAUAUUAUGUACGGAUUAAUAUAUUUAUUUAAACAAUUAUCGGUUGAUUACGCGACAUGUCCAUGUAGCUAGAAUAUGAAAUUAAUAUCGAUUACGGGGUAAAGAGAGCUGGAGGAAACAAUAAAUUUAAAUGCAUCAUAUAUUUUUGAAUAUAUUAUGAUUAUUGUAUUGUGUAAUUAUGUAAAUGCAGAUUAUAUAACAUUGUUUAUAAUCAUUUUUAACAAUUCUACUGAAACGGCAAUAAAUUCGAAAAUACAAACUAAAAGUGAACGCAACUUGCCUGCUAACCAAGCGCGCCUAGAUGUAUGCAUAUUGUAUAUUUAUUUAGUCAACCAUUUUAACUGGCUUACGAGGGCAUCACUUAGUUUCUAAAGCAAUACCCUUUCGAUAACAAUUCAUUUAAGACAACUUGCUAACUUAUGGCAAGAAGGGAAACAAGCAGACGAACGUGGAGACGGUGAUUUUUAUGUGAACAUUUAUUACUAACUGAUAAGCUUUGAGUAAACUUAGGAAAGCCGUUAUACUAUGCAUAUACACGUAUAUAUAUAUGAACUAUAUAUAGUAUAUAUGAAUGCUCGUGUGAGCAACCAAACAAUUACGAUAUGAAUCAUUAAAUACUUCCAAAAGCAUUAAA